AUGGCGUACGCAGAAACGUCUAGAACCAAGCAAAACAGAAAAUCAAAACCUGCUCCAUCGGCCGAUGCGCUCAAUAAACCACUCAGUACUCUUAGCCUAAAGGUGAGGGACUCUUCCGUCGAAGGUAAAUCUACGAUUCAGAGAGAUCGGAGCCCAGUUGCCGGGAAUCGCUACUCAAGAUAUGCUGCAAGCUCUCCUUUAACCAAGCAAAAAAAUACGGGUAUGCCGAAAUCGCCGCAUUUAAAUCCAAGAGAGGGAAAAUCAUCGCAGCGGCAAGUUACUGGUCAGCACCCUAAACAACAAAAAUCAGUGGUUCCGAAAUCAAAAGGCAUGUUAGCACCCAAGGGUUAUACCAUGCGUCCAAUCAUCCCUGCUUCAAAGGCUGAGUUGCUGCCAGUGGCUCGAGCCAUGCACGGCGACGACUUUGCUCCAAGGGUCAAGAAGCUGUUUGAUCCCGAACGCGAGGCGGCUGUUGAUGCUAUCCAGAGUGGGGUGUACAUUGGAUGGAGGUGUCAAGAUUUUCAGCAUGAUUGUAUUCGCGUCUCUAAAAGUUCAAAGUGUUUUUGUGGCCAUCUGCUCAGUGAUCAUGCAAGUUACACCGGGAAGAGUGUGAUGGUCCCUUGUCGUGUGACGCGAUGCGAGUGCAAAGCUUUUGCCUUUAUCCCGUCCCGUCCCGAAGAAGCAGGUGAAUUUUGGCUUCAACGUCGUCCAGGAUACGACCCAAACACCUGGCGAGCCAAAUGCAAGUGUAAACAUACCCACGAAGAACAUCAACCCACAGGACUGCGGAGAUGCCGAGUCAAGGGCUGUGGAUGCUCCAAAUUUUUCUCCAAUUUUCUUUGUUGUGCAUGCGAUAGGCAUUGGGAAGAGCAUGAGACCUCGUUUGAAACGACCUCCAUGAGAAAAGAAACGGGUUUGCCGUACGGCGAGGCGUACCUUCCCUUUCACGAGUUUCCGGAAUUGCGUGACGUGGUGUUGACCGGAAGAGAGGACGACGAUAGUCAGUUUAAAGCCCUGACUUCCGGUCCAAACGCAAUUCCAGAGAGUACACCAACAGAUUUAGCAUUGAGACUCAGAGGCACAAAGCCACAAGAGUCGCCAUUUAAAUGGUAA